GUGAGGGGAGAAGAGGCGAAGCGGAGCCGCCGCCGGGAGGCCGCCUGCUGGACACGAGACGGAACUGAAGUAAACUCUGUGGAACCUGACUGCUUGGCUACAGACGAAGGGAUGGUGUGAUUUGCUCCAGGUGAUUACUGGAAGCCUGUAGGGGUUUUAAGGUGAGAAGAAUACCUGAGGAAGAAGUUGUACAGUUUCUAUCAUACAUCAAGACCUAGGAGAAGCUAGCUGGUAGCAUAAGGAUUCUGGAUUUGGGCAUUUGACUGACUUCAAGGACUUUUGGCCCACACAGCCAAUUCUUGGUGAUCACCUCUGUGCCUUUACACCAAAGAAGCAUCUUCUUCUCAUGCAGAACUGAGACCUUGGAAUGCUUUAUUAUGGCAGCAGCAGUACAGCAGAAUGAUCUGAUGUUUGAAUUUGCCAGUAAUGUCAUGGAGGAUGAGCAGCAGCUGGGUGAUCCAUCCAUCUUUCCUGCUGUCAUUGUGGAACACAUACCAAGUGCUGAUCUCCUGAACAAUUACUCGGGUUUAUCCUGCGUGGCUGAACACAAUGUCAUGAUAACAGAAAAUUCGCUGGAUGUCGCAGAAGAAGAAAUCAUAGAAGACGAUGACAUCAGUAUCACAGUUGAAGCAUCCUGUCAGAAUGGAGAUGAAACUAUGCAAACCAUUGAAGCCGCCGAGGCCCUUCUCAAUAUGGAUUCCCCGGAUCCAUUGCUGGAUGAGAAGAGGACGAGUGAGUCUGAUGCACAUGUUUUUGGCGGAGCUGAGGACAACAUGGACGCUGCCCCUAUUACUCAUGUUUCAGUCACCCUGGACGGAAUUCCAGAAGUGGUGGAGAUUCAGCAAAUCCAAGACCAACAUGGUGACUCACCCAGUGCUCUAGCACUUGAGCAGCCAAAAAAGAAGAAAGGAAAGAAAGCCAAACCUGCCCGUCCGUAUUCCCCUACUCUGACUCCAAACAUAUCCGUAAAGAAGAAGAACAAGGAUGGGAAGGGAAACACCAUUUAUCUCUGGGAGUUCUUACUAGCACUACUGCAAGACAAAGCGACGUGUCCUAAAUACAUUAAAUGGACGCAAAGGGAAAAGGGCAUUUUUAAACUUGUGGAUUCCAAGGCUGUGUCCAGGUUGUGGGGGAAGCACAAAAACAAACCUGAUAUGAAUUAUGAAACCAUGGGCAGAGCUCUCAGGUAUUAUUACCAAAGAGGCAUUCUGGCAAAAGUAGAAGGGCAGCGCCUGGUGUACCAAUUCAAGGACAUGCCGAAAGAUCUCAUCUACAUAGACGACGAUGAAUCAAGUUCGAGCUUGGACUCUCCCGAUACAACUUUGCUCUCAGUGCCUGCAGCCAAUAGAAGCCAAGCAGGCAGAUCCAAAGUGCCUUCAAGCGCAGGGCCCCGGGGAGGAGCUGCUGCUGUUCUAAAGAUACCAGGGAAUUCCAAGUCUACAAAACUGAAGCAGCCGGUAGAAACUGCUCCGCAGCAACUGCCGGCGGUGGCAUCCGAAGUUCUGAGGACGAUGCAGUCUGCUCAGUCGAUACAUCCAACGCAGCUUUAUCGGACAGUUCAUUUAAUGCAGUCCAUUCCAGAAGGACACACGACCAUGACCAAUAAUAUGCAGGAGGAGUCCAUGAAUCCUGCUCAGAACAUAAGGACCAUCCAAGCUGCAGGACAGGUGCCCGUCGUCGUUUCGCCUGGGAACCAGCAGCUGCACACCGUAACACUCCAGACAGUGCCUCUGACAACAGUAAUAGCCAGCGCAGACCCAGCGUCUGCAGCGACAUCCCAGAAGUUCAUCCUUCAGGCCAUCCCGACAUCACAGCCCAUGACGGUCCUUAAGGAGAACAUCAUGCUGCACUCUUCCAAGCCGGUCUCGCCUCCUUCCUCCAUCGUCUUGAGUCCUGCGCAGGUUCACCAGGUGCUCAGCAACAACGUGCAGACAAUUUGCAACGGAACGGUCAACAUGGCUUCACCUUCGUCCUUCAGCACUGCUGCCCCUGUAGUAACUUUGACACCCAGCAACUCGCCAUCCGGCACAGUGAUCACUUCCGUCAUCAAGGCUCCAGAAAAUAAGCCGACCGUUAUUCAGGAGGUGGCGAAAUCAGAGUCACGUGAUGGUAAGGCGGACAAGGCCAAACCCUCAGAGCCGGGCUUUCAGCAGCCGCCUUUUGUGGUGAUGGUGUCCAGUUCAAAUGGAUUUCCCUCCACGGUACACAUUAAGCAGGAGACUGAACAGUGGGAGCCGAGUUCCUGUGAGUGAAUCGGAAGUCAGUGAACUGUGUGGAAGGAGGUUUCCUUAACGCCAUGGGGCUUCUUCGGUUGUGUAUUAUCACUCGAUUCGGAAGUAGGCAUUACAAAGCUUCUUUUAAUUUCUGAAGUUAAUUUUAGGAAUAACAUUGUAGAAUUUAUGUCAGUUUUCUGUUUGCUAAAUAAUGUACUUUUUUUUUUUUUCCAAAAUGCAAGCAUGAAGGAACAUGCAUUUUUCUUUUUUUGAUCACUGUCCAGAAAUUCUAAAUUCCUUGCACUUUAUGCAUUAUUUGUCUAUCUUUCCAUAAUAACGUCAUUAUUAUUAUAAUCAGUGCUUUCCAGCAACAGUUGAUUUACGCGAAAGUGUUUCCUUCGUUCCACAUAUGCAAUUCUUCUUGCAAAUCCCAAAGAACUAUCUCAUACCAUUCAGCUAAAAGGUUUUCCUUUUGCGUGCAUGGUAAACAACAGGGCAGGGCCAGCCGAACCUGUUCCUAUUGCAUUUUGCACCAAAGAUUACUUACAGUGCAAAAAAUAUAAAGACACGUCCUCUUUUCAAGAAGGUAUUUGAUAUUUGUACCUGUUAUCAGCUGUGUAUUUAUCUGUUUUCCUAAUAUUGCUCCAUUAGAUGCACCCAGUCAAUAACAUUAAGGUUAUUGGGUGCAGGGUUUCCCCCCCCACAAGCCCCCCCUCCCCGGACCAUUUUAAAACUAAAGUUUAAAACAUUUUGCUUUUUGUUUCCCAUUAUUUUGUCAGGGAGCGGGGAAAAGUAUAUGCAACUUGUGCAAGUAUUUUGAGAAUAAAAUGUUUCUAUGAGAGAACUUUUUUCUAUUGUAAAUAUGUAAUUUAAUUUCUCAAAGAUUUUUUUUUCCAUUUAAGAAAGUUUCCCUAGAGCAAUAUUUUAUAGAUGCAAUUAAGAUCAUUAUGUUUAGAGCUCUAAUGUUAUAUGUAUGCAUAUAUUACAGAGUGAAUUUGUAUUUAAAGACAAAUUUUUAAAUUGUAAAAGUCUUCUGAACUUUUGUCUUUUUGUAUUUUAAUUGGUUUAUUAUGGAAAUAAAUCAAGUACAACAUCUUUGUA